GGUUAAGGGGUCAGAGCGGGCGCGUCCUCGGACGCCUUUCCGCUCUCCCCUGGGCUCUUCCUGCCACCCGCUGGCCACGCCCCUCGCGACAUCGGCUGGUCAUGGCGGCGCGGCUGUGUGCGCGGUGCCUCCCUCCGGCGUGGCUCUGCAGGCAAGCCGGGCAGGGCCAAAGCCGGCACUACCGAGCUGCAGUCUGCACCGAGUUGAAGCAGCCCCUGACCAUUCAAGAGGUGGCUCCUCGCCCUAUCGGGCCACAGGAGGUCAGAGUCGAUGUUCAUUUCUGUGGCAUUAACUUUGCUGAUAAUUUGGUCUGUCGUGGUCAGUAUCAGGAAAAGCCUCCUCUUCCCUUUACACCUGGAAUGGAGUUUUCUGGGGUUGUCUUAGAGGCAGGAGCAGAUGUCAGCACCGUGAAAAAGGGAGAUCGUGUUAUUGGAGUGAGUAACUUCCAUGCGAUGGCCGAACAGUGCAUCACUGACCAGAAGACCCUGUGGCGGAUUCCAGAAAACGUCUCUUUGCAAGAUGCUGCAGUCCUACCAGUAUCUUAUGGCACAGCUAUUUUGGCUGUAGAUCAUCGGGCCCGUAUCCAGCCUGGAGAGACUGUUUUAGUGACAGCAGCUGCCGGAGCCACAGGCCUCGCAGUGAUAGACGUGGCGACAAACGUAUUCCGUGCCAAGGUCAUAGCUGCAGCUGGGAGCGAUGAGAAAUGCAAGCUGGCGAUGCAGAGGGGAGCACAGUCCAGCGUGAACUACAGCCAGGGCAGCCUGAAGGAUGCGGUGAAGAAGCUGGUGGGCAGCAGUGGGGUGAAUGUAGCCAUUGACAUGGUGGGAGGAGAAGUCUUCCUGGAGUCUCUCCGCAGCCUGGCGUGGGAGGGCAGGAUUGUAGUGUUGGGAUUCGCCGGAGGAAACAUCGCAUCCGUGCCCAGCAACCUGCUGCUCCUGAAGAACAUCUCUGCCAUGGGCCUGUACUGGGGUCGCUACCAACACCAGGACUUUGCAGUGUUUUCCAAGAGCAUGUCCACAGCCCUGCAGUACUGCCAGCAAGGGCUCAUCCACCCACACACUGGUGCUGUCUUCAAGCUGGAGAAGGUCAACGAUGCCUUCCUUCAUGUGAUGCAGCGCAAAUCCACGGGCAAGGUGCUCCUGUCCCUCAAGUAAAUCCUGACCUGGGCAGACUCCCAAGUCUGACCUCCUUCCCAAGUUUUAAAGGGCUCAUCCUUAGUGACUCAAGUGCCACGUCUUGGUGUCAGUUCCCUUUGCUUCCACUUUCUUGCUGCCCAUAAUCAGUGUGACCACAGAGGUUCUUGCCUAAACUCAACCCUAUCUGUGAGCAAAAGGUACUGUGAGUUCCUUGAGAAGUAGGUACUGUGUCUGGAUCACCUGCUGACUUCCUAUACCUUCUGCUAUUCAAUUUAAUUUAUCUGGAAUCUUAAAUUGUGGGAUUAAAUGAAGAACAUGUUGCCCUGGAAACAACCCCAAUGCCCUUUGACGGGUGAAUGUAUAAAUAUGCACACUUUGCAUAGGUAUUGUAUAAUAUGCAUACAUCAGAAUAUUUUUAGCCUUAAAGAGGAACAUCAUUCACAGAUUUGCUACAAUAUGUAUCAACUUUAAGGCCAUUCUACACGAAAUAGAACAUAUUAAAAAAAGAAAAAGACAUGUCUUCUGUAAGUCCACUUAUAUCAGAUUCUGUCACCCAUCAAGUUCGACAAGCGAUAAAGGGGAAUGGUGGUCAUCAGGGGCACCCUUGGAGUAUAUCCUGGUAAAUGUGACACCCCUUUGGGGGUAGAUAUGGAGUUACUUAAGUCAUGUGGACUUUCAAGAUGGGAAGAUGGAAAAUCAGUGGAAAUGGGUGGUAGUCGUGAGUGAUUGCCAUAACGAACUACUGAAGUAUGCGCGUUCAAUUGUUUUAAACAGCGUUCAAUGGUAAGUGUUCGGCAAGUUUUGCCACAAUAAAACUUUUUAUAAAAUGAUGUGUUACUAUUACUUUUAAGUAAAUGGAUAGAUUCAGGGGAGAGAGCAGCCUGUGUAGAGUGCCAAGCUCAGUGGGUGGGAGCCACUGCUCUAUGUACUUUCUGGCCUGCCGGGAGAGACCUACCCAUUAGGUGCUGAACAUUCUGCAGACACCCCUUGAUUUAUGAUGGUUUGAUUUGUGAUUUCCCCACUAUAUACUUAUAUACCUUUUGCAUAUGUAUGUGUGUGGCGUAUGUGGUUAUUGUGUGUGCGUUUAUAUUCCCAUGUGUGUGGGCAUAGGUAUGGGGGGUAUGGAAGGCCAAGGUCAAUGUCAAGUGUCUUCCUUAAUCACUAUCCACGUGGUGAAGCAGGGUCUCUCACUGAACCUAGAACAACAGCUUUCAAAGCAGUAGGUGUUGAGUAGACGCCUUACUUGAAAUGUUGACUUUUGACCUGCUCUCAUGCUGGCCAUACACACUGUGUUACAAUACGCUUGUUACUUCAUGUUGGACAGCAGCUCCUGCAGCUCCCAGGCAGUCCCCUGUGUCCUGUUGCUGAACUAUGAUGAUCUGUAAGUCAGAAGUAGUAAACGCAAUUCUAAGUUGUGUGACUUUCAACUUACAGCGGGUUGAUCAAGACAUGACUUCAUUGUAGAAGGAGAAACAGCUAGAUGGUUUCUCCCAGGACUUGAAUGAUAAUUAUCCAAAAGGAGUGGGUGUGAUGGAGUAUAAACUGGUACUCGACACAACACGUGUGUCCUUUUGUAUAUUGAUUGGGUCCUUUGCCAAGAAAUGUGGCAAGAGGUUUUGUUGUAUGGUACCUUAGAUCACUUAAAAACAGCCAUCUUUGGGGGAAGGAGGAUGGCUCAGUGGACAAAACCUUUUGGGGGUUUGUGGUUCAGAUCCUUAUACAGAAACUAGCCAUUUGUGGUAGUUGACCUGUAAUCCUGGUGCUAGGGAGGUAGAGACCAGUGAUUGCUAAAGCUCCAGGUUCAGUGAGAGAUGCUGCCUCAACAUGUAAAGUGGAGAGUUAUUGGGGAAGCCAUCUGACAUUGACAUUGGGCUUCCGUACUCAUGACAUAUACUACAUGUGUACCCCCCAUGUGAAUACAAAUGCUACACACACACACACAUAUACCACAUACGCAUGCAUAUGCAAAAAUUGUUUUCACACAAGUUUUGAAAGAACAAUGUAAGGAUGACUGCUUAAAAGAAAGAAUUUGAAACCUAGAAAAUAACAGGAGGGCCAAGUGGAAAGGAUGCUGUGGAAAUUUGUCACAUGGCUGCUGUGGGUCUACAAGGUACUUCCAUAGGCUCUGCCACGUGUCGCUGUGUGUGACAUAUUCCCACUGGAUGGUGCAUGGAAGAGAAGGAAGACGAAUCAGAAUUGGGGAAGAAUGUACAUUCUAGCCAGGAUUGCCUUUCCAUGGAGCAUGGCUGACCAGUGGGUGCCAUGACAGCCAAGACUGAAUGUCCCCAGCCUGCUAACCUCAGAACAGCCUGGUGGAUGGGAGAGGCAGUCGUUAAGGAUUUCAGAGUUAGCAGGUAUUGGUUAGACCCUCUAAUGAUCUCUCUGCUGCAUCUUCCUGCUGUUGUGAAAUGAUUUGACUUCAAAGCAUCUGACUCAUAUUUUAGUCAUUGUCUGCUGGUUCUACCGUCUGAGCCAUUAGAAUGAAAAAGGAAUCAAUAUGUCUCCGAGUGACAGUGUUUAUUCUGUAUUCACAGACUUCUCGAUUCUUCCUCAGAUACUGGCUGCUGCAGAAAUCACUCCGAUGGCCCUGCCUCUCCUUUCAGCAAUGGUCUCCUGGUCCACUUGCACAUGUCUCUUUCUCCAAACUGGUGUAAAAGGCUGGGGAGAGGGGUAUAGCUCCAUGGCAGAGCAAUUGCUUGGCACUUGUCAGAUCUUGGGUUCAAUCCCCAACACUGACUCCCACAAACGGUCAGCAACCAAAGUGAAGUUUUCUCUCGGAUCCGAGGACUGUUACUAUCUGCUUCCUACCAGUGUGCUCGGUAAUAUUCCUUCCUAUGCACAUGUGUGAGGCUAGAAAACAAUCUUUUCUACUUGAUCUAUGAUAAAGAUAACAAAUGUGUUGUUAACAAGUGAAGGAAUAGAGAUGUCUUCAUCCACUCGCCUGGAUUUCAUUUAAAAAAGUUUAUUAAAUUAGAGGAAAAAUAGGCUGUUCUUUCUUACAUUUUCCUUCAAGGAUUAUAUAAGGGAAUCAAAUAAAAGUGAUUUUUUUCAAA